UCGCGCUGUGACUACCAAACACAAGCUGCAGUCUCACUCUCCUCCUCGUCUGUCUCCUUUCCUGCUCUCUUUUCCCACCACUUCCCCGUGUCUCUCUCUCUCUCUCUCUCUCGGUCUUUCUGCGUCUUGAUUGCCCUACCUCCACCUUGUUUUCAUUCAAGUUGUUUACCCGUGUCCUCCUCGCCUCGCACUCUUCUGUCUGUCUCUUUUCCUCCCUUGUCACUGCUGUUGCUGCUGCUGCUGAUCAUCUGGCAGCCUCACCCCAUAUCCAUCCAACCAAAACCUCCUCCUCUGCCUCUUUCUCUGCCUCCCCCUUCUGGGUUUGGAGAUCUUAAGAGCCGCUCAGCACACGCUUCCGCAUAGCAUAACAGACUCCGCUCCCGCAUUGGGUUAAACAUGUCAACCGUCCUGGACCUGGAGCAGAUUUCGUAUGCUGGAAAUGAUGCGGAACACGACAUUGAAACUCCUCACGGCGUUCUCCAUGUGACAAUGCGAGGCGUUCCCAAGGGCAACAGGCCAGUCAUCCUCACCUAUCACGACAUCGGACUCAACCACAAGUCCUGCUUCAACACCCUGUUCAACUAUGAGGACAUGCAGGAGAUCACCCAGCACUUUGCUGUGGUCCAUGUGGAUGCGCCGGGCCAGCAGGAGGGCGCGCCACCCUUCCCUAGUGGAUACCACUACCCUACCAUGGACGAGCUGGCUGAAAUGCUGCCCUCUGUGAUGACUCAGCUGAAGGUCAACAGUGUGAUCGGCAUCGGUGUAGGAGCUGGAGCUUACGUCCUCACCCGCUUUGCACUGAACAACCCCAACCUCGUGGAAGGACUGGUCCUGAUCAACGUCGACCCGUGUGCCGAAGGCUGGAUCGAUUGGGCCGCUUCGAAGCUGUCUGGAUGGACCAGUAACUUGGUGGACAUCGUCAUGGCUCACCACUUCAGCACUGAUGAGCUGACAGAAAACCAGGAGCUGAUCCAGACCUACCGCCUCCACAUCGCCCAGGACAUCAACCAGGACAACCUGGCCCUGUUCUGUGGCUCCUACCAGUACCGCAGAGACCUGGAGAUCGAGAGGCCCAUCGUGGGGUUGAAUGAGGAUACGGUCAACACACUAACGUGCCCAGCCCUGCUGGUGGUCGGAGACACGUCACCUGCUGUCGAGGCCGUGGUGGAGUGCAAUUCCAGGUUGAAUCCCACCAAGACCACACUGCUGAAGAUGGCUGAUUGUGGAGGCUUGCCACAAGUUGUGCAGCCUGGGAAGCUCGCCGAGGCGUUCAAGUACUUUGUUCAGGGCAUGGGAUACAUUCCCUACGUUCUCCUCAGUCACCUGAGCAACGAAUCAGUGCCGUCAGCAGGAAUGACUCGCCUGGCUCGUUCGCGCACCACCUCCUCCUCCAGCAUCACCUCCAUGGAGAGCAGCCGCAGCCGCAGCAAUAUCAGCGGCUUGCUGGAGGCCAACGCCGCCGCCACCGGGGCGCUGGACAACCAGGUGGCGCCCCAGACCAUGGAGGUGUCCUGUUAAACCUCUCCCACAGUAAUUUAUACGCCACUCCCCUCCUCCCUCUUUCCUCUCCCUCAUCCUGCUCCCAAGCUACUCGACGCCAGAGGGAGUGUGUGAGUGUGUGUGUGUGUGUGUGUGUGUGAUUAGAAAAGGAGGAACUAAUAAAAAAUAUAUAACAGAUGCAUAUUAGAGGAUAUGUUAUAUAUACAUAUAUACUGUCAAAGUCAACAUACUAACAUAAACCAUGAGAACAUUCAGAUGUUGUAUAUUUAAAUGUUUGAGUCAGCUGUCUAACCUUGUAUUUAUUUUUUGUUCUUGUUUUAAACCUCUUCAGACAUUAUUGUAGGAAUCCUCCGUGUUUGCAAGAGCUUCUUUUAUUUUUAUUUUAUUUCCUUAAAAGGAUUUUUCCACAAAUUGUGUUUCAAGUUUUAAACCUGCUGCUGCAAUGCAGAUGAGUCACGGGAGAAAGCGAGGGAUCAAAACACGCGCAGAUUCUGGUCGGGACGCAAAGUUUGGGAUGUGAAAGAUGAGACCGCGAUGAGUCACUUUGAAGGUCCUUCCUGGACGUGAUGUUUUUAUGCGGUGCGAUAAAACCGGAAAAGAAGACUCUAGCUUCAUCUGCGUGUUUUCAAGGUUUGGAACGUGCUUCGUUUCAUCCAAAGUGCUUGACAUUAAAACGUCACCGUUUUGAAAGAGUCUAUAGCGUUUUAUUAAAAGUCUGAAUUUGGAAAGCGUCAUUUAAAGUUGAAACUGGAUAUUUAAACAUAACAAACUCAUUUUCUGAAAUUAAUUCUUGUUUUAUGUUAAAAUUAGCAAAAUUAUUUCAAUUUGGUAAAUUCCAUGAAACUUAGCAAGAAUUGAUUUUUUUUUUUUUUUUUUCAACUUAACCCAGUCAGAUGUAUGAGAUGGAGACAUUUGAUAACAUAACUUCUUGCUAUAUUUCAGCUUGCUUUGUCUCUGCUAUAGAAUAUAGAAUACCAUCACAGGUCAUUAUUAAUAACUGUAAUAAAUGACAUCAGAGAGUAGCAAAUUGAAAUGGUUUUUAUAUUGUUCUCAUCUUCACAAUCUGGAGCUGGGAAACUUUGAAAAGAAUUGGUGAACCUUCUGCGAGAAAAGUGGGCGAACUGGAAAACAAACCAGACAUUUUGUUCAUCUAGCCUUUGAAGCCAGACUGCAAAGCAUUAAAGGAAUCUUGUUUUUUAAAGGUAGCAGUCAGGAGAAGGAUCGCCAAGAGGCCAAAAGUAAGAACACAAGAGCAGCUUGUGUUCUCCAUGCACUAAGAAUGUGUUGUUGGUGAAACAGUUCCAAUUGUCGGCCAUGUUUGACUGAAAACCUAAACUUAAUCAAGUAAAGAACUUUUUGUAUUCACUUCCUUCCGUCUCACCAAUGCAUUGCUUUUCAGUUGAAUCGAUACCUUAAAGAUGAGGGGCAUAAAGUCGUAAGAAUGCAUCCGGGUCUCAUAUAUCACGGACACCUAACAGGCACACGUUGGGCUUCUUCUAGAAAAUGCCACCGUUUGGCUUAGAUUUCGCCUCGUGAUCAAACUCCACGCCUCCGUCUUUUUUAUGAUUUCUCCGCACUCUGUGUUGAUGUUCGUGUUCAGGCUGAGUGGACUUCUCACCGACGCUUAACAAGCGGGUCCGGGUAUGAAAACUGUAGCAGUCCAUGUCGCGUCGGGGCCAAGAACGGCUCCUCACUGUCCGCUGAUUCAGCUCAUUUCUAAUACUACUGAAUAAAAACCUACGAGACGAGAA